AUGAACUCGUCUUCGCUCCCGCUCCCGCCGGCCAACGCCGGUGGUCCUAUUGCGAUUCCCAGACAGCAGGUUAGCAUUGAACGUCUGCCAACGAGGAGGCAGAGCAAUGAGCCACGCGAAUCCAUGAACUGCAAGUCGUGUCGGAAGCGAAAGAUCAAAUGCAACCGUAUGCGUCCCUCGUGUGAGGCAUGCCAAGUUUUCCAGUGCCCAUGCAUUUACGACGCUGUUCCGAAGAAGCGAGGCCCCAAAACAGAUGUCCUUGAGGCACUACUAAAACGGGUGGAUGGCCUUGAGGCGAAGUUGAAGGAGAAGAAUGCCGAAGGAGAGUCGUCUAAAUUAGGCGAAUCUGCUCUUACCGAAGCUGAUGAUGAUGAUGAUACGGACGCCGGCGAACCGGCUCCAAAGAGACUCGCGACUGAAGCAAGCAAAUCUUCUGACGAGGAGGGCCUUAAAAUAGUUACAGAUAUCAAACCUACCUCACGAGAUAAUCCGGCCUCUCCCGUGGAGACCGACGCAUAUCUUCAUACCUACUUCGCACGCUUUCACGGCAAGCCAUACUACAUUUUGGACGAAUCAUCGAUCCGCCAGCGCAUUCAACUCAACCAGUUACCAGAUAGCCUCGCCUACGCUAUCUGGUCUGUAGCAUCAAGACAUACUCCCCAUCCGCGAGGGCCACAGGCUGCUGUUCAGCUGAGCGAAGAUUAUGCACAGCGGGCACGGCGGUGCAUUGAUACGGAUGAUCCGUCAAUAGAUUGCCUGCAAGGUCUACUACUCUUGGUUAUGGCAUUCAUGGCUUCUGGGCAUGGCAAAAAGGCCUACAUGUUAAUGUCAUCGGCUAUCGGAAUGGCCAUGGCGCUGGAACUCCAUCGCGAGAUUGAUGCCCAGGCGCAUGUCACACCAGUGGAACGGGAAUUGCGUCGACGACUUUUCUGGACGUGCUAUCUGUUGGAUAGAUAUUUGUCCUGCGGAUCGAAGCGGUCUUCUUUAAUAGGCGACAAUUCCAUUGCCCUGCGAUUACCAUCUUGGUGUCCUACUCCAUCUUCGUUACCGGUUGACGGGGAAUUUUUCCAGCAGGGCUCCAAUCUUCAAUACUACCAAGGGAGCGGAAAGAAAUCGCAAGGAAGUACUGGAAUGCUUAUUGACAUCACACGUAUCCUUGGGAUCACCAACAGAUAUCUAGCUGCCGGUGGUGUGAAGGGCGACUCUCACUUCCCUUGGCAUUCAUUAUCGACUUUGUCCAAAAUCCGUCAGGAGCUGGACUUUUGGGCCUCUGGCGCUGGACCCGUUUUCUCGGGUCUUCAAGCACUUUUCCAUCAAACAGAGGCGACAAUUGUGUUUUUAAGCAAGCUAAUCUAUCAUUUGAUACAUUGUCUAGUGUACCGACCAUUUCUUCCCAUCGACCUGGCAGAAUUGGCUGGCAACGGGCAACACCAAUCAUGGCAAAUUGAAGCGACAAACAUGUGCUUUCUGCACGCAAAUGCUAUUGGCGAAUUGAUUGACGCAGCGAGACAAGCAGGUACUGUGGAAUGGCCGGCAAUUGUUGGAUAUUGUAUUUGCACCGCCGCAACGGUGCAUAUUCACGGCGCACAUUACACGAACCCCGGUGCGCAUGGCGGGGAUGUGAGUGUUUUUAGUGCAUCUUCUGACUUGCUUUCGAGGGAAAUGCAACAAUUAAGUGCGCUUCACUUCGCCUGGGCGAACGUGCAACACCAGAGCGAUACGCUGCAAGGCAUUUACAAUGCUCAUGGGGAGUUGGUCAAGGCUAUGGUGGCCAGCUCUAUGAGAUACACACCGGGAUUCCAUCUCGAAGACUUUUUCGACAGAUAUUCUAACAUUGGCGGACCGGGAGGGAAGUCUUAUCGGUUUGACCCAGCACAUUUAAGCAUGUCGGAUAUCGUAAUAGACUUUACCGCCGAUCGAUACAGCGAGUCACCAGCAGCCCGCGAAGCUGAACGGUACAGCCACAAACGUAAAAACACGUCAUCACAUAAGAAACGCAACGAUGCUAGAAACAGCACCGUUCAAGAUCAGGCCGUAUCCACGAACCAACAACCUGGCGCAGGGAACGGGCACUAUCAGAUGAAUAUGAUGCAGCCCCCUUCUCACGCGGCUACGGGAUCUAUGCAGCCACAAGCCUCACGGCCGCCAGACGCACAACAUGUGCAAUCCGGCAGUGCUCAGUUGGAACCGGCGCCAACUAUCCAUGCCUAUAAUAUGCCCCCGGUUGGCUCAGCCCAAAACUCUGGCCAAGGGAUGAUGCAAAUGGGUGGAACAGGUUUCAGCCCAGCAUACAGUUAUGCAACAGGUCCAAAUGUGACAAACAAUCAGAACAAUAUGGGCGAGGCCAACGUGGGAUUUGAUCCGAUGUUCGGCACACUGCCGACCAACGCGUUUAGUAGCCCAGCAGGUUGGCACGGUGAGGAUGGUCAGCAUCACACGAAGAUGAAUGUCCCUACAAGCGGCGUCGCACCUAGUCCAGGAACGAAGAGUACGAGUGGAAGCACGGGAACCGGACACAGUGACGAAAAGGACCCGUUUCUCAGCCUUUUGGAGCAGCUGGCUGAGGAUGAACAGCGCUUUAAUGGUGGAGGGCCCGACCUCGAUAGCUUCUUCCUGGCUGGCAAUAACACUGGCGCUUAA